CUCUCUCUCUCUCUCUCCACCCCUAUCUCUUUACGGGACUCUGGCAGGCCGGUAUUCCAGGAAUGUGUGGAACAUGGCGGCCGCACCGAAGGCUCCGAAAAGCGGACUGCUCGAGGUUCGCCUGGCCGCGGAGCGCUGGAGCCGGGUGUUAGCGACACUCAGCGCGGACACGCUCACUCUGAGCCCGGGGGAGGUGAGCGCUGAGGCGGCUAAAAGCGCUCCGGCCACCGGCGGUACUGUGAAUGGAGAGCCGGGCCACCUGAGCUCUCCCGCUGUCCCGGACUCCAUCAGCAACGUGAAGAGAACCGUGCGAGUUACCAAACAGGACGUGGGAGGACUCGGCAUUAGCAUUAAAGGUGGUAAAGAGAACAAGAUGCCCAUCUUGAUUUCUAAGAUCUUCAAAGGACUCGCAGCAGACCAGACUGAAGCUCUGUAUGUUGGUGACGCCAUUUUAUCUGUCAACGGAUGCGACCUGCGAGAAGCUACUCAUGACGAAGCCGUUCAAGCUCUGAAAAAGACAGGGAAAGAGGUCAUCUUGGAGGUAAAAUACAUCAAAGAGAUGUCUGCGUUUUUUAAGAAUGCAUCUUCAGGCGCUCCCCCUCUUCUGGACUCUCCUCCUUCCACGCCACAGAAGCAGGUCGACCCAGUCAUGAAGGAGACCAGAACCAUCCCACUGAAAAUGUGCCAUGUCACCCGCAAGCAAUGUCCACCAGACACAGAGGACAGAUAUUUUGAGGUGGUGUCAGCAGACAGGAAGCAGUCUGCGUUUUUGAGGGCAAAGGAUCCUGCAAUGGCCCAGUCAUGGUAUAAUGCGAUCCAAGCAGGCUGCGCUGCCCUGCUCUCUACAGCUAAAGACAGCCUCAGAGCCCUGCAGCCGGGCAUGGACAUCACACACAUCGGCUGGAUCAUAGAGCAGGGAUCCGAGAGACUGAUACUAGCAGUGCUGACAGACAGAGAUCUGCUGUUGUACAGCUCUUUGCCUGAGAGCAGAGAGAGUCUUAAUAGCCCAGACAAGAGCCAUCCACUCAUUACCACCAGGCUCGUUCAUUCUGGGCCUGGAAAGAGUUCAUCAGGACAAGAUUCUGAUUUAACAUUCGGCCUGCGUUUAGGCACCAAGCAUGGUGUGGAGACCCACCUGUUUCGAGUGGACACUGCUAAAGAACUUUCCACUUGGAGCCACCUCCUGGUGGAAGGCUGUCACAGUGCUGCUGAACUCAUCCAAGAAGUCACUACAGCAUGCAGUUGGAAUGGUCAGUCAUGCAUGCUCAGUGUGCACAUAGAGAACGGUUUCACUUUGUUCACGGAGGAGGCAGGUGUGAGGAGACACAUUCUUCUGCAGCAGCCGUUUGAGCGUCUGCGCAUGUCCUCUGAUGAUGGAGUGCGCAUGAUCUUCCUUGACUUUGGAGGUCCAGACGCCGAGAUUCAACUGGAUCUUCAUGCCUGUCCUAAGACCAUCGUCUUCAUCAUUCACGCUUUCCUCUCAGCCAAAGUGAAGCGUUUAGGCCUUCUUGCAUGAGCGCCCAUGUUCUAAACUCCACACACAGUUACGACGAGGCACAACUAGAGAGUUGGAAGGCGGACCAGACAGAUCUAAAACCAGGGGCUGCCAUUGGUGGAAUCCUACCACUGUUGUUCAACAAACAAUUCAAAGCCAUGCAUCAAAAAGUGUUGAUCUUAUUAUACAUGUCAAACUUUUUUUUGUUGUUUUUGUUUUUUAGAGAAGAUUUUGUGUGCCAUAUCAGUUUGUAUGAAACAAUUGUUGCAGGCAAAAAAAAAAAAAAGAAGCAAAUAUUUGCAGGAAUACUUCACUGAAAGAAAAAAAAUCAUGGCAAACAAUGGAUUAAAUCCAGUGGAGAAAGUGGUGUAGUCCAGUCUAAUCUAGUUGAUACUAAUUGAUCUAUCACAAUUAGGCAUUUCAAAUCAGAGAUAAAAUGCAAAGCAUACAGUAUAUUUUUUUAUAUUUCUGUGGCUUCUGAAUGAUGCGAUUUAAUACAGAACAAUUACAUGGGUUUACUAUCCAGUAUAAACCCCUUAAAAGGUAGUAUACACAAAAAGCAUAAGGGCAUACAUCACUGAGUGUAACAGCAAUUAAAACAGAUGAGUUUCAUGAGAUCACCAGCCUGGGCUGCACUGGCUUCAACUCAUUGUUAGUCACACCGAGAGGCACACUCCCAGUGAAACGUCAUUGACCUAGAUUUUAGCGUUUUAAUAUUUUUCAUGGAGAAAUGUUUGUGACUUGGGGCACGGUGGCUUAAUGAUAAGCACGUUUGCCUAGGACCUCCGGAGUUGGGGGUCCCUCCGCCCUGUGUGCGUAGAGUUUGUUGUCAUGUUCUCCCCAUGCUUUCCUCCGGGUACACCGGUUUCCUCCCCCAGUCCAAAGACAUAGGCUGACUGACAUUUCCAAAUUGUCCUUAGUGUGUGAAUAUGUGUGCGAUUGUGCACUGCGAUGGCUGUCCCCCUGCCUUGUGCCCAAAGUUCCCUGGGAUAGGAAUCCAGGCUCCCAUGCGACCAUGUGUAGGAUAAGUGUGACUUGUGACUUGUAUUACACCUGAUGUCAAACAGUGCCAUAUAUAUAUAUAUAUAUAAAAGCCCUAGUCUAGAGCGCCGUUGGGAUCUGAGCACUUUUCAGUUAAAAUAUCAAGUUAAAUACACAGAGUGAGACCUUUGAUGGAACAAAGACCUGAUUCUUUGCAUUUACCUUAUUUAAUUACCAGUCUCUACCUUUCAGUUUUGUCUGUGGCACUAAUAGUCCUUAAACUGUACUAAACCAUAAAACAACUCCAGGUGUUCAAAAACGUCUGACUGACAGUGUAAAGUGGUGCUUUCAUGUGGUUCUGGGUGUAAUUAGAAUAUCCACAACGCACCAUGCCAUUAGGAGACAACAUAAGCGCUCUUUAAAUGCACCAAUGACAUAGUGGGCUGCAAAUAUGGGAAUUUGGGAAUUUCUGCUUCGGAAUUACAGCACAGAACAGCCUUCCUCAGUGCUCGUAAGACACGCAAACAGCUUCUAUUUUGCCACGGAACACUAGUACCCCAGCUAAUCAUUUUUGAUGUCAUUCGUUUCUCCUGAGGGGAAAAAAACCCCUCUUCAGUGAAGCUUCUAAUAGACAGGCAGUCGAAUCUAAUCCUGUUUUUCACAUACCUAAUACUGUAUGCAAUUUAAUCCUUUUUUUUAAUUUUUUUAUUAUUAUUAUUAUUAUUCUGAAUCAGUCAUUUCAUGGCAGCUUGUCCAAAUAUGAAAUCGUAUCAGUUAAAAACAAAAUCACUCACAAUUUAAAAAAAAACGUAUUUAUUCAUACAACUUUACAGUUUCAGUGAAAAUUGAACUCGUGUGAGGCACCUUUUUCUAAUCGUGCGAUCCAACCCCGAGGUAUUAAUCAUUUGACAUUCGAGUAUCAUACACUCAUGGGUGUAAUAAAAAAAAAUUAAAUAAAAAUGUAUUCAAGAACAACAAAAAUAAAAAAGAUAUUUAACAAUGAUGAAAUGUUCAUGUAAUGCACCAGAGUACAAAAUCUGAACACUCAGUGCCAUAUAUAUAUAUAUAUAUAUAUAUAUAUAUUUAUUGUCUAAUUACAGAAAUUAUUUCUUUUUAGAGUUUUCUUCCUAACCUCUUUUUUUUUUUUUUUUUCUUUUUUUCAAUUUUACUGCCCUGAGGUGUUUUUGUAAACAUUGUAGAACAUUCAGCUAUAAGGAGCCAUGGCAUAUUUUGAAAGGAACUUGUCAAAGCUUUUAAAUUUGCGAAUGUCGAAGCAAAAGAAAAGAGCAUUAGUAGUAUUUCCAGAAUGAAAGCUUGUCUGACUAACACGUUGCUUGAGCGCUACUCUUAUGAACGUUAGCGUCUUUAAAGUCAGCGGUAAAGCCCAGGAACAAAUUUGAUCUCCACCAAACAAGUACACUAGUGCUAAGAACCCCUGUCUGCAGUGGUGGAAUUAUCGGAUUGUUUUGCUUUGUGAUUUUAAACUUGUGUUUAACACACAAUUUUUUUUUUUUUUUUUUUUUUUUUAACUGCAACUGUUAAUGGUUUUGCGUUCAAUGGAUAAGUAGGUAUCAUUUAUUAUGGUGGCCUUUCAGAAAUCAUCCUAUAAAUUAAUAUAUAUACUUAAAACGUAAAUAUGUUAGCUCUUAAAACCCGAGACUAAAUUUUAUUAUACAUGCUUAUUUAAACAAGAGUGUGCCUUACAGGGUUGUUUGUACAUAAAGUAAAAUUGAAUAAACUUUACUUGUUGACUUACA